AUGGAAAGACUUGCUGCCGAUGCUGCAAAAUAUCAACAGUGGACAGACGCAUCAAUACAAGAGUUAACUAAUCAAGUUAGUAAACUCUCGAUGGCAGUUAAUCGCUUGGAGUCUCAAGGUAAACUACCUUCUCAAACAGAGCCGAACCCUCGGCAGAAUGUCAGUGCAAUAACUCUUCGUAGCAGAAAGGUUCUAGAAACAGUUCCAGCCAAAAAUCAUGGGCAAGAAAAGGAACGGGAAAAGCAGAUUUCAGAUCCAAUAGCAAGGCCAGAAUCGGAAGUUCAGAAACUAGUUGUGAUGCCACCUCCUUUUCCAGGGAGGCUUGCAAGGGAUAAGAAAGAGAAGGAGGAAAAAGAAAUCCUCGAGACAUUCAGGAAGGUGGAGGUAAAUAUCCCUUUACUCGACGCUAUCAAACAGAUCCCUCGUUAUGCAAAAUUCCUCAAGGAAUUGUGUACUCGAAAAAGGAGGUUAAUAGGUAACGAAAGAGUAAAUGUAGGAGAAAAUGUCUCUGCAGUGCUGCAAAAGAAAGUUCCACCCAAAUACAAGGACCAAGGUAUGUUUGCUAUUCCUUGUGAGAUAGGCAAUAUAGGCAUUAAGAAAGCCAUGUGCGGUUUAGGGGCUUCCAUUAAUGUUAUGGCUUAUUCUAUUUAUAAACUGAUUAACGCGGGUCCUUUAAAAGAGACAGGAGUAAUAAUCCAGUUGGCGGACAGGACAGUCGUCUAUCCUGAAGGGCUGCUUGAAGACGUCCUUGUUAAAGUUAACGAAUUAGUUUUCCCUGCAGAUUUUUAUAUUAUCAACAUGAAAGAUGACAAUUCGGCUAAUUCGUCUGACAUAAUUCUUGGGAGACCAUUCUUGAGUACAGCACAAACGAGAAUUGAUGUUUGGAGUGGAACACUCAUCAUGGAAUUUGACAAUGAAACGGUUAAGUUUAAUGUUUAUGAAGAUAUGGGACAUCUUAAUGAUAAGUCACAAAUUGUGCCUUGCAGGAAUGUAGAUCUUGAUGUUAAGCAAGAGGAAUUAUCGAUGAUCCAAAAACCAAUACGUGAAGCUAUGAUGAAAGCCUCGAAAUUGGAAAUCAAACCGUUUCUAGAACAUACAAGGAUUCCAAUAGAGGAAAAUGUAAAGAUUAACGAAGAAGAUCAAAUGAUAGGAGAAUCCGAGAAAUACUUCAAGGAUAGUGGAAAAAGGUCGAAACCUUUCUGCAAGAACAUCCAAGUGCACAAGAUGGGAAAAUUAAUUCUCAAUAAACCCAAAGGAUAA